UCUCCUAUAUAUAUAUAUGAGGGUGUAAACAGUCUCCGGAGCAUAACCAUCAACAAGCAUGACUGAUCCCUACUCCAUGCUUCACCCCUACUUUUCUUCUUAUUCUUCUUCUUCUAAAUCUUACUCUCCUUAUCAUGAUCUCUUCUCUCUUUCUUACUCUAAUGAUAACAAUACCCUAAAAAACACAUCCUCCUCCUCCUCCUCCUCAUUCACAACAACCCAUGGAUCAUUUUCUCCUGAUUCUUGUUCCUCCCCUCGAGUCCUUCCCCUUUUAAGCUUGAGCCCUGCAAGGCAUGAUCAAGAACAUCACUCCUGUAGGCCUUGUGAAGACGAGGAGGAUGAGGAGGAGGAGAGCGUUACUGUUGCUUUGCAUUUAGGGCUUCCAACUCCUCCUUCUUCUGAUCUGAUUUUGAGGCUCUCUUCAACUGAGAUCUCAGACAAGGAAGACCAACAAGAAGCUGUCCCUGUUGUUGUUCCUAACUACUACUCCUCCUCUACUGCUGGACUCAACAAGGGUCAGUAUUGGAUUCCCACUCCUGCUCAGAUUCUGAUUGGUCCAACUCACUUCUCUUGCCCUCUUUGCUUCAAGACCUUCAACAGAUACAACAACAUGCAGAUGCAUAUGUGGGGGCAUGGAUCUCAAUACAGAAAAGGGCCACAGUCACUAAGAGGAACACAACCAACAGCGAUGCUUAGGCUGCCAUGUUACUGCUGUGCGCCAGGGUGCAGAAACAACAUAGACCAUCCAAGGUCCAAGCCAUUGAAAGACUUCAGAACCCUUCAAACGCAUUACAAAAGAAAGCAUGGAAUCAAGCCAUUUACAUGUAGAAAAUGUGGGAAGGCCUUUGCUGUGAGAGGGGACUGGAGAACUCACGAGAAGAAUUGUGGGAAGCUUUGGCAUUGCACUUGUGGCUCUGAUUUUAAGCACAAGAGGUCUCUCAAAGAUCACAUCAAGGCCUUUGGACAUGGCCAUGCAGCUUAUGGGAUUGACUCUUUUGACGAAGAUGAUGAGGCAGCUUCUGAGAUUGAACAUGAUAAUGACUUGUCUCUAAGGAAUGGAGAUUGAUAUGAUAAUGCCAAAUGUUUAUUGUGCCACCUGCCUGGGUUCAAUUUUUUGCUUGUACUGUCAAGUUGGAGUUAUUUUCAAUUAUUGUUCUUUUC